CAUAUCUAAUGGCAAAGUGACAAUGAUGUAGUUAAAGUAGUGAUAGAAAGUGUCAAUAAGUGCGCGAUUAUUUCAUUGUUUUUUUUUUUUACAUAUCGUAUUUAUACGUGCAGUUUUAAAGAGGUAAAAUGCCCGUAAAAGGUUUGAGUGGUGUUCCGACUGACAUUCAGUUGGAAGCAUUACCGGAUCCGGGUAAUAGAUUUACUCUAGGAAGUAUAAUCGGAACCGGUAUAAGCGGAACUGUUUACGAAGCUGUAGAUUCCGAAUCAAAUGAAAAAGUAGCGAUAAAAAUUCAAAAAGUAAUUCCCGAUUAUGAAGACGAUAUCAGGGAAGAGUAUAAAAUUCUGAAAUAUCUAGCAAAUCAUCCUAAUUUGCCAACAUUUCUCGGGGCCUUUCACCGUAAAGGCGAAGUAUGGUUCGCAUUACAGUUAUGCGAAGGAGGUUCUAUAAUCGAUUUGGUACGUGGAUUAUACGCCCAGAAUAGACAUUUAUCUGAGGAGCAAAUAGCAUUUGUUUUAAGAGAAUCGGUCAAGGCUAUUUGUCACUUACACGAAAAUCACGUCGUGCAUCGCGAUAUAAAAGCAAAAAAUAUCCUUCUCACAUCCAAUGGGGAAAUUAAACUGGUGGAUUUUGGUUUAUCGAGGGGAUUAAAGAACACUUUAGAUAGAAAAAGCACUUGCUUAGGUUCACCAUGCUGGAUGGCUCCAGAAUUAAUAAUCAGUGGUCGAAAUAAUGCUGACGGAGUAUCAUCUUACGAUAACAGAAUCGAUGUUUGGGCUUUAGGAAUUACUGCGUUGGAAUUGGCCGAAGGUCAAGCACCGUGCGAAGAAAUGCAUCCUACCAGAGCGAUUUUCCAAAUUGUACGAAAUCCUCCACCGACAUUCAAACUACCAUCGAAAUGGUCUCAAAAUUACGCGGAUUUCAUUUCCGAGUGUUUGGUUAAACUACCGGAAGAACGACCUUUUAUUUUCGAAUUUCUCGAACAUCCGUUCAUAAAAUCUAUUCCAGACGAUUCCAGCCUUGGACAAGAUCUGGUCAACUUGAAAGAUAAAGUAAAAAAUUCAACUGAGGUUCAAAAACCAGAAAUUCAUUUAAGAAAUGGAAGACUCCAAAGAAAAAUCUUCGAAGCUACUGAAGCCAUGGUUGUUGAAGAUCUGGCUGCUGUAGAUGAUGUUUCAGAAGAUAAAAUUAUGCUCGUACUUCAAGAACGUUUCAAAAGAGGCUUAUUCUAUACGUAUAUUGGAGAUAUCUUACUCUUCGUUAAUCCGAAUACACCGAUACCAGCAUAUGGAAACAAAUAUCAUUGCAAAUAUCAAUGGAAAUCCAGAUCAGAUAAUUCACCUCAUAUAUACGCUGUCGCCGAUGUAGCUUACCAAGACAUGUUGCAUCAUAAACAACCGCAAAAUAUCAUCAUUAGUGGAGAAACAUUGUCUGGAAAGACAACUAAUUACAAUCACUUAAUAGAUCAUCUACUGUACUUAGGAAAAAUUAGCAACAAAAUUUCGGAUAAAGUGGUAGCUGCGUCGAGAUUAGUUCAAACUUUAGGCAAUGCUGCUACACCACACAACAAUAAUUCAACUAGACACGUUAUUAAUACUCAAACUACUUACACAACUACGGGUAAACUUAGCGGAGCCAUUUUCUACAUUUACCAAUUGGAAAAAUGGAGAGUAACCGGUUACAAAGCCGCGGGGCAAGGCAAUUUCCACAUAUUUUACUACUUUUACGACUCGGUAAAAGCUAAGGGAGAGUUGGAUAGUUACUUCUUGGAAGACCGACCAUACAAGUAUCUAGUUCGAAAACCGGUUGAUGAUGGAAACCCCGGUGGAGCAAGUAAUGAUCCGAAAAAAAACGCUGAUAAAUAUGCCGAAAUACUUCACCUACUUGAGGUACUCGAAUUCGAACCAGAUCAGAUAGAAAUUGUCCAAAAGAUUCUAGCUGCUAUCAUCCUACUUGGUGACAUCACCUUCAAAGAAGCUAGAGACGAAGGAAGUGAAGUGGAAAAUGUCGACAUUGCUAACAAUGUGGCGACUUUGUUAGGAGUUGACGAAAAGAAAUUUUUGUGGGCAUUGUGUAACUAUUGCGUUAUUCAAAAAGGUAAUGCUAUCAGGAAGAAGCAAACGGUAGCGCAUGCUGUUGAAGCACAGGCAGUUUUGGCUCGAGGACUUUAUGGCAGAUUGGUAGAUUUCAUAGUCAAUGUGAUUAAUUUGAGGUUAUCUGUUACUCGUGUUGUGCUUGGGGAUAAAAAUUUCAUCAGUGUGUUGGAUUUGCCUGGAUUUGAAUCGUUUGAUCAAAAUAAUCUGGAACAAUUGUUUAUCAACUCUACCAACGAACAAUUACAAUAUUUUUAUAAUCAACGAAUUUUUACUUGGGAAUUGAAAGAACAAGAAGAAGAAGGAAUUAUACUGAAACCUUUGCAAUUCUACGACAAUAAACCAACUAUCGAUGAACUGCUAAGUAAACCAGAUGGUUUCAUGUAUGUGAUCGAUGAAGCUUCAAGAAGCAACAGCGGUCAUUCUUUCAUUAUUGAUGCAUUAGCAAAUUGUCCUCGAGGAACUAGAAUUCGUAAAGCUACGUCGACCAAUUUCACUGUGGCGCAUUAUUGUAAAAAAGUAGAAUACAAUGCCCAAGACAUACCGAAAAAAAAUCACGACUUUUUGCCUCCUGAAAUGAUCGAAACCCUUAGAUCAUCGGGAAACUUCGUCGUAAAACAAUUAUUCGCUAACCAAUUCACGAAAUCUGGCAACUUGACUAUUUCGACAGAUCAAAACCUGGCCAUUUUCAGUGGAAAACGCAAGAAGUGGGGAGCUGCUUUGGUCUCAGGAGACUCUAAAUCCAGGAAAUUCAAUACCGAAGCUCAGGGAGAAUAUUCUCAGACUCGUCGUAUGCGUACUUGUUCUGCUGUUUAUAGAGCUUCGAGCUUAGAAUUAUUGAAAACGUUGUCGGAAUCGACCGAAAGUAGCAGCGUUUGCUUUGUACGGUGUAUUCGGGCAGGUUUACCAGCUUCGCCUGGAUUUGAGGCGGAUAUCGUGAGCCCUCAACUGAGGUCGUUGUCGAUUCUUGAUACCACUCGUGCUCGUCAAAUUGGAUACUCUUAUCAUGUCUCGUUCAAGGAUUUCAUUGAAAGGUAUAAAUUUUUGGCCUUCGACUUCGAAGAAAAUGUUGAAAUCACCAGAGAAAACUGUCGUUUGUUAUUAAUUCGUCUGAAAAUGGAAGGAUGGAUAAUUGGAAAAAAUAAGGUCUUCUUGAGAUACUACGAUAAAGAAUUUUUAUCCAGAUUAUACGAAACUCACGUUAAGAAAAUCGUCAAAAUUCAAGCAGUUAUGCGAAAAUUCAUCACGAAACGAAAAGUAAUUCCACGCGUGCAAUCUCAACAGAGCAUCGGUAAAGAUCACGAAAUUGUUGAAUACCCACUGAUACAAAUUCAACACUGCACAGGGCGACCUGAAAUUUCCAAACCACAGAAACCAGUACCAAUAACUUCUGAGAAACCAGUACCAAUAACUCCUCCAGAAUUGAAAGUAUCAGUUGUUUAUUCAAACGUAAAAAUUCGGGGAAAACCAGCCAAUCCGGAAAAAGGACGUAGGAAAAAUCAACAACAAAGCAAAUCUAACGAUGUUCGAAGAGUACCAAGUUUACUCGCUUCACGCGAGAAUAGCAAAAUGGGACAAAAAUUAGCGAUGAAAUACGCGAAAAAAUGGAGAUCUAAAACAAUUUAUCAGGUUUUAUUAAAAUACAGAGCGAAAAUGUUCGAAGAGUUCGCUAAUUUUUCACAACAGGUGCAUUUAUACAAUGUGCAUGUGAAUUACAUCGCUAGUGCUCAGAAAAGACAAAAGCCAGUAAACAUUCAAAGAAUUGAUUCGAAUCAAACAUAUGAAAAAUUCAUCGGUGAUCCCAAACCAAUUCAGUUGCGUAUUCCUUUUGAAUUAAGUCAUAAAUCGAUGUAUGCUUCUACUUCGGAUACUGUCGAUUCGCAUACUUCUAAAUCAGAAUUAAUUAAAGAACAAAAGCGUUAUGAUACUCCUUUCAAACCUCUACAAAAAGAGGAACGGUUGCAUUGUGCGAACAAUCGUAUUUCUCAUGUUAAAGAAACGGAAACGAAAGUUGAUUUUAAACCUGGAAAUACAGACGAAGAUGAAGAUGAAGAAUGCGUUUAUUAUUAUCAUAAAACUGGAAUCGUGGAAAAACAACGCAAAAAUCUAGAAAAAAGUUUCAGCGUUUGUUCAGUAAAAAGCGAAACAUAUUAUGCGGGAAUGGGCGAAGUUGAAACUGAUUAUUCGGUUCCGGCGAGUUCUUUCGGAAAAGUUUUUAUGCAACUAAUGUGUCCUUCGUGUUGUGGUGGUUUGUUUUCCGAAACUAAAGGAUCUGUUUAUAUGAAACGUCCUCCAAUUCGGGGCAGUAAAACUAAAAGUACGGCAUCAGCAAUAUCUGAUGUGAUGUUGGAGGAUGAUGAAAAUAAUGAAACUGACACAGAAUAUAAUAAUCGUCCUCUAAGUCCAAUACCGGAAGAUCAGGAUAAACCUUCAUCACCCACAUCUCCUGAUGAAUCAAACGGAAAACCAAGGGAAGUACGAAGUGUUUCUUUGGGUGAUGCCUUGUGUCAAGAAUUAAAUCAGAAUAAAUCAGAUAACGGAGAGAUUAACUGGAAUACAAAAUUGAGAAAAACAAGUCUCACUGUAGGCGAGUCUGAACAAAAUAAACAGAAAGAGAACACAGUUAUCGAAUUAAAAAUCAGAGGGAAAGAACACGUCGAAGUUGUAAAACAAAAUGGCGAUAGCGAUCCACCAUUCAAUUUUCAAGCAAUUUUGCGCAAAACCAGUGGCACUCGAUCAUCUCUAAUACGAAAAGACGAUCAAAAAUCAGAAAACUAUUUCAAAACCGAGUUAUUGCCGGGGGUAGUACUUCAAGGAGUAAUAUACGAUUUGUAACGAAAGCUACAGAAUCACUCAAAGAAAAAUUUCCCGCGUGUUUAUACGAUUUUACAAUUUUUCACUUUUGCACCUUUUUAAACCUCGAUUUGUAUGUUUCGUUUCAUAAAAUGCAAUUGAGAUUGAAAAAGUGUUUUAAUAAGACGCAAUACAUAAAACAGCUGAAUAAAUAAAUAGAUCAUCGAAACAGUA